AUGCUGAGAUAGGUAUUAAAAUUGGUCUUAUUGCUACUCGCCCUUUGCCAAAGUUCAGCUAAGUUUAAAAUAUCAAAUGUACUCACACAUAACUAAGAGGAGAAAGUUUUCUCUGCAAUUGAUAAGAUUCCAAAAGUAUUAAGUCCAUUAGUUUAAGCCACUCCAAAUGAUUUCUCUUGCUUUACCUGUAAAGCUUUUAUAAAUACAGUUAUAUUCUUUUUGGACAACGAUCUACAAAGAAUAACUAAUAGAAAUGUGCUUAACCUAGUAUGCUCGAGUGUGACCAUCUAUAACGGGGUUGCAUGCAAGGGUCUUAUUGAUUAUUUUAGUGAAGUAGGAUUUGAUAAUCUAUUUGCCGGCCCUUUAAGCGCCAACAGCAUUUGCUAAAACUAUUUUACCUCUUGCACCAAGACUUUAUCCCCUUCACCUUAGAAUUCAAUAAAUAAAUUCACAAAUAGCAUACUAGCUGACAAGCCGAAAGCACUUGAAAAUGAUACUUUUGUAGAUGAUUUAUAUAAAAGUGUAGCUGGAAAAACGAGACAAACAUUUAAGGUCUUGCACAUUUCUGAUCUGCACCUUGACUUUAAAUACACGUUAGGUGCUGAUAGUACUUGCCAAAGAAUCAUUUGCUGUAGAGCUGAUGAUAUGACUAGUGAUAAUAGCAGAAAAGCUGGAUUGUAUGGAGAGUACUAAUGUGACUCCCCAGAGAAACUUCUUAGAAGUAUGGCGGACUACAUCAAUAGUGUUGUUAAACCAGAUUUGAUUAUUUGGACUGGAGAUUCUGUCCCGCAUGACGAAGAUAGAGGGUAAUCAUUUUCAGAUAAGAAAUAGUAUCUAGAUUGGGUAAACAACUUUUUAUAAAGCAACUUUUCUACGACACCUUUCUAUCCAGUCCUGGGCAAUCACGAUUAUACAUUAUCCAAUUAAGAAGAUUUUAAUAGUCCAGAUCCAAUCUACGACUAUGUUGGGAAUAAAUGGGCAGCAUGGCUAGACACUUAAGCACUUAUAAAAUUUAAAGCUAAAGGCUACUAUAAAAUGAAUUUGAAAUUUAAAAAUGGCACAAUUGACACCCAUACAUAUGUCAUUGCCCUUAAUACUUAGGCGUGCUAUAUCGCAAACUUUAAGCUAUUCACCCAAAGAAAAGAUCCAGGUGGUUUACUAGCUUGGCUUAAUACAACCUUGCACUAAAUGGAGACUAAUUAGGAAAGAGCUAUAAUAAUUGGACAUGUUCCUCCUAAUCAAUUUGACUGCACAUAUUCUUGGUCGAUCAGAUACAAGGCAAUCACUGAUAGAUUCUAACACAUUAUCAGAUUCUCAAUGUUCGCUCACAAUCAUGAGGAGCUUAAUAAUUUAGCUAGAUCAGUCACUAAGAAUCUACCAGUAGGAGUGCAUUUUAUUACUGGGUCAAUCACGCCAUAUGAUAGUCUUCUUCCUUCUUUUAGAGUUUAUGAAGUAGAUGACAAUCUAAUAAUACCCUUGAAAGCACGCACUUACAAUAUUGAUAUAAAUGCAGCUUCGCCGGUCUGGAGGGAAGAUCAUGAAAUGGCAAACUAUUUCUCAAUGACAGAUCUCAGCCCAGCUAGCUAUGAAAAAUUGGCUGAUACUAUAAAAACUAAUUGGCCUCUUGCCGUCAAAUACUCAUAAACAAAGUCUUAAAAGGCCCCUUUCAAGUGGAUAACUUAUUGUGAUGCAGCUUGCAGAUUAUAAAUGUAUUGUGAAAUUAGAAACAGUGUAUAUUAUGAGGAAUAAGAAUGUCAAGGAUUUGCAAUUGGUGAUUAACUCUUCACUAAACUGGAUUUCUUUUAUAAUCCUUGGUAUGAUUGA